CCACAAUCUUCCUCAUCCACGCUUAUCCUUCCUUUCUUCCCACCUUUCUCUUUGUCUUUCUCUUUCUCUCUUGUAUUUUUCUCUAAAAAAUUAAUUAAUAAUAAUAAAAGAAUAAAAAAAAUUCAUAUACACAUACAACAAUUAUACACAUAUAUCCAGCUGUUUGUUUGUUUAUUUAUUUAUUUUAUUAAUUUAUUUGCUUACUAUAUUUUUUUGUUUUUUUGUAAUUCUAGAAAAUCUAUUUAAGUAGUUGAAAAUAAAAUAGUUUUGGUAAUAAGAGAGAGAGAAAUGAGAACAACAAGUACAUAGUAGUGAGAUAAAGGUAUUGUGUUAUGCCCAAAACCUUUGAUUUUCAGAGAGAAUCCAAAGGCUUUUUCUUAGUUGAACACCCCACCCCCCCACUCAAACCACCCCACCCUGUACCUUGUUCUUCUUCUUGCCCAUUUUUUUUUUUUUUUUCAAAAAAACAAAAACAAGUAACUGCCCUUAUACUAAGUACAAACAGAAAAACAGAAAGAACAAGAGAAAAGAAAAAAAAAACAAGGGACUAUAUAGAUAGAUAGGAAAACUAAAGAAAGCCAUAGUGGUAUAGAGUUUUGGAAUUUUUUCUCUCUAUAUAUAGAAGGGAAAAUAGUUCUUUUAUAAGUUCCAUUUCAAUCAAAGCUCCUAUCUUCUUUCACCUCUUAUCCAAUUUGAAGAGCACAGGGUUUAGGAUCCAGAUCAGAGGAAGGCGGUGGAACUGGUGUUUAUUUUAGGGUUGAAUCUGGAAGACAUGUUAGAAGAACGGUCCUGUGUGGUUACAAGGGAUUGUCGGACAGAAAGUAACUGGACGGCUUGCAUGAGUUAUCGACUUGAUAGGAUUGAAGUCCAGAAUGGCAAAAGGCCAUUGGAAGAUGACCAGGAGGGCGAAAAUGUGAAAUGCAAGUUGCAAAAGCAGUCCGAUGGUUCCAACCUAGUAGGAGUGACUCUAUCCUUGGGGAGUUCUUCAGCCUCCCCUGAUGAGCAUGCUGACAAUCAGGAUCAUGCUGGGGAUAAUACUGAUAGGAGCACGCUUUUUCCUGCCAUUGACCGUGACAAUUCCAUCAAUUCUCUCAUUCAUUGCUCUAGGUCAGAUUAUGGCGCCAUAGCAUCUUUGAACCGUAACUUCCGCUCAUUAAUUAGGAGCGGUGAACUUUAUACAGCGCGGCGACGAAUUGGUGUGGUGGAGCAUUGGGUGUAUUUCUCCUGCCAGCUGCUUGAGUGGGAAGCCUUUGACCCUGCUAGGCUACGCUGGAUGCAUCUGCCGAGAAUGACUCCCAAUGAAUGUUUCGUGUUCUCUGACAAGGAAUCACUGGCAGUUGGUACGGAGCUUCUUGUGUUCGGAAAGGAGGUGUUGGCCCAUGUCAUUUAUCGCUACAGCUUACUGACAAAUACAUGGUCAACGGGGAUGCAGAUGAAUGCGCCACGAUGUUUGUUUGGUUCAGCAAGCCUUGGGGAAAUCGCCAUUUUAGCUGGCGGUUGUGACUCACAAGGUAAAAUCCUUAGCUCCGCUGAACUUUACAAUUCGGAGACGGGCACGUGGAAGACUUUGCGAAGCAUGAAUAAGCCACGUAAGAUGUGUUCUGGCGUAUUCAUGGAUGGAAAGUUCUACGUGAUAGGAGGCAUUGGAGGAGCCGACUCUAAGCUGUUGACAUGUGCCGAAGAGUAUGAUCUGGCAACGGGAACGUGGACUGAAAUCCCGAACAUGUCUCCUGUGCGUCCUAACCUUAGGAAUGACAUGCCUGCUACAUCGGAAGCGCCUCCAUUAGUAGCAGUUGUAAAUAAUCAAUUGUACGCUGCUGACUAUGCUGAAAUGGCUGUUAGGAAGUAUGAAAAGCAUAGCAAAACAUGGGUUACCAUUGGUGGACUGCCUGAAAGAGUAGCUUCCAUGAAUGGCUGGGGUUUGGCUUUUCGGGCAUGUGGUGAUAGGCUAAUUGUAGUUGGAGGGCCUAGGGUUAUGGGUCAAGGAUUUAUUGAGGUGAAUUCGUGGGUACCGAGUGAAGGACCUCCAGAAUGGAACUUGCUCGGCCAAAAGCAAUCUGGUAGCUUUGUGUAUAACUGUGCCGUCAUGGGAUGCUGAAGAGAUGGAACUUGGCAGGUCCAUGUGUUGUACUUUAGAGGUGGUGGUUGUCGAUUGAUACAUAAUUGGUUUGUGGGGCAACAGGUUUCUUGCUAAUGGGUAAUUUAUCCCAACUUUUUUUCUCUUAUCAGAAUCUUUUCUUUUUCAACCUUUUCAGAGUGGGGAAGCACAAACUGGGCUCAAGAUUCAACAACAUAGUUUUCUGUGGAUGGUCUUGAGUACAAUUUUCUUUUCCAUUUCAACUUCCAUCCAAUGUUCCAUUCCAUUGAAUUGUCUAUCCCAUUUUCGGUAACAUGAUAUUCCAAAGGUGUCCGUCAAAUAGCUAAAGGUAGGUGAAAUAACAAUGAGGAAGCAUUACAGUUAAUAGAUUUUCAUUAGUGUUUAAAGCUUCUCUAGGAAAGUCAUAGAAGUACUUAGUCUUUUUUUCAGGUUUUGUGAUCUUUAUUUUCUUGACUUGGUCGAGGAGAGAAAUAAGGGUCUGCAAGGUUGUUGUUUGUUGGAAUCAUGGCUUGUGUAUCAGUACAUUUGUUCUUGCAAUUGAUGGUCCACAGGUUUAGGUUACUUUCAGGACAAUUGGUAGCUUUGGAAAUGAAGUACUUUGUUCCAACUUUCAUCUA